ACUGUGAUCCUGGGCACAAAACUGAAAUAAAUAGGGCAGGAGAUCUUUCUCCUUUUUUAAUGCCUUUAUUAAAAAUCAGCUUGGGUGGAGAGAACCGAUGGGUCGCGCCCAUGCUGUCGCUGCUCUGCAGGAGUGACAGGGAGGAGGAGGAUGAAUGCAGCUGUGUCUGCUGGUAUGUAGGCAGAGCUGGGGCCCCCAUCCUCACAAGAGCAGCAGGAGAUUCCGAUUUUUCAGUUUGACAUUUGAGGUCCUCUUUCUAGCCAACAACAUCUUUAGGUAUGAAUCGAAGUUGUUGUACCAAAUAAACACUUUAGUUUAGGAGGAGAAAAAUGGUUGAUGUUGAAGGUAGGUAUAGGUUUGCAUAAGGUGGGACUGAGAGCUUGCAAGCUUGAGUAACAUGACAAAAAUACAGUUUCAGGGAAGUACACAGUCACAGUUCUUACAAGGUAAACAAUACCACCAGGAUGUAUUUUUAAAAUUUAUUGUUAGAAUUUAAUCAGAAUCAUUAAGGUUGGAAAAUACCACCAAGAUCAUCGAAUCUAACCAUCAAUCUAAUACUGACAGGUCCACCAUGAAACCAUGGCAAGUCCACUGUUCCCCCAGGAGCCUGUUCCAGUGCUUAACCACCCUUCCAGUGAAAUAUUUUUUCCUAAUAUCCAGUCUAAUUCUCCCUUGAUAAAACUGUUUCCACUUGUUCUAUCAGUACUUGAAGAGAGGCCAUAGUGAGGUGGGGACUGGUCUCUUCUACUGUCUGCAGUGGCAGGGCCAGGGAAACGGCUUCAAACCGAGAUGGAGCAGAUUCUGAUUACAGAGAAUCACACAGAAUAAGCUGAGCUGACACUCAGUGGCUUUUCUUCACUGUUAGGGUGGUCAGGCAUUGGACCAGGUUGCCUAGGGAGGAAAUGAAGUCAUCAUCCCUGGAACUAUUCAAAUGGCAUUUGGAUCUGGCACUGGAUCAUACGGGUUCAGAGCUACAGUGCUCAUGUUGGGUUGAACUAGAGAAUCCUACCCUACUCACGCGCGUUUCCAACACCUCGGCCGCGGAACGAGCCCUUUGUCUCCCGGGCCCGUACAACAGCCUCCCUCCACGCCCGCAGCCCAGCACAGCCCGGCCGAGGCCGUGCCUCUCGCGCAAGCGUAGAGGUGCCGCGCAAGCGCGGAGCUCCCCGGGAGGGCGGCGCUUCCCUGAGGCGGCAGCGGGCCGAGGCAGCCGUGCGGGGCCCUGUGGAGCAGUCCAGCCCCCGCCCAGCCGGGCAUUGUUCCCGGCCCGUCGCCGCCGGGAAGUUUUAGCUGCGUUCCGGGUCCGCUGCCUGCCGCGUCGGGGAGGGGGGGCGCGGUGGGGGCAGGGGCCCGGAGCCCCUUUGUCACCUCCUCCCCGGCGUGAAGCCGCCGGCGAGGCUCAACAUGAUGGCGGCCGAGGCCACGGGUGGUAUCAUGGAAAACUUGACAGAACAAUUGCAGAAGAACGUCUUCGACAAGCAGGAAAACCUGGAAGUUACCUUAUUCGAGAGAGUGAUCGGAGACCAGGUUCAUUUGUGCUUUCAUUCCUUAGUAAAACAAAUGUCAAUCAUUUUAGGAUUAUUGCCAUGUGUGGAGACUAUUACAUUGGUGGGCGUCGCUUUGCUUCACUCUCAGACCUGAUUGGUUAUUACAGUCACGUGUCCUGCUUGCUGAAAGGAGAAAAGCUCUUAUUUCCAGUAGCACCUCCAGAGCCUGUGGAAGACAGAAGAAGAGUUCGAGCAAUUCUGCCUUACACCAAAGUGCCAGAAACUGAUGAAAUAAGUUUCCUUAAAGGAGACAUGUUUAUUGUCCAUAAUGAAUUGGAAGAUGGCUGGAUGUGGGUUACAAACCUACGGACAGAUGAACAAGGUCUUAUUGUGGAAGACCUGGUAGAAGAAGUGGGAAGAGAAGAAGAUCCCCAUGAAGGCAAAAUAUGGUUCCAUGGGAAGAUCUCCAAACAAGAAGCUUACAAUUUGCUCAUGACAGUUGGUCAGGUGUGCAGUUUUCUUGUGAGGCCUUCAGAUAAUACCCCUGGUGAUUAUUCACUUUAUUUCCGGACCAGUGAAAAUAUUCAGCGUUUUAAAAUAUGUCCAACAUCAAACAAUCAGUUUAUGAUGGGAGGCAGAUACUAUAAUAGUAUUGCUGACAUCAUUGAGCACUACAGAAAAGAACAGAUUGUUGAAGGAUAUUACUUAAAAGAUCCUGUUCCAAUGCAGCACCAAGAACAAGUGCUUAAUGAUACAGUGGACGGAAAAGAAAUCUACAAUACAAUUCGUCGGAAAACAAAGGAUGCUUUUUAUAAAAAUAUUGUCAAAAAAGGUUAUCUUCUGAAAAAAAGUAAAGGAAAGAGAUGGAAAAACUUGUACUUUAUAUUAGAGGGAAAUGAUGCCCAGCUUAUUUAUUUUGAAAGUGAAAAACGAGCCACAAAACCCAAAGGACUAAUAGACCUUAGUGUGUGUUCUGUCUAUGGAGUACAUGACAGUUUAUUUGGCAGGCCAAACUGUUUUCAGAUAGUAGUUCAGCACUUUAGUGAAGAGCAUUACAUCUUUUACUUUGCAGGCGAAACUCCAGAACAAGCACAGGACUGGAUGAAAGCUCUGCAGGUGUUCUGCAGUUUAAGAAAAACCAGUCCAGGAACAUCAAAUAAACGUCUACGUCAGGUCAGCAGUCUCAUUUUGCAUGUAGAAGAAGCUCAUACACUCCCAGUAAAGCAUUUUACAAACCCCUAUUGUAACAUCUACUUGAACAGUGUCCAGGUAGCAAAAACACACAUCAGGGAAGGACAGAACCCUGUGUGGUCUGAAGAAUUUGUCUUUGAUGAUCUUUCAUCUGAUAUUAAUAGAUUUGAGAUAAGUCUUAGUAACAAAACAAAGAAAAGUAAAGAUCCAGAUAUAUUGUUUAUGCGUUGCCAAUUAAGCCGAUUACAAAAAGGACAUGCAACAGAUGAGUGGUUUCAGCUCAGUUCCUAUGUACCAUUAAAGGGUAUUGAGCCAGGAUCUUUGCGUGUUCGAGCGCGGUAUUCCAUGGAGAAGAUCAUGCCAGAAGAAGAGUACAACGAGUUUAAAGAGCUUAUACUCCAGAAAGAACUUCAUGUGGUCUAUGCCUUAUCACAUGUUUGUGGACAGGAUAGGACACUGUUGGCUGGCAUUUUACUGAAGAUUUUUCUCCACGAAAAGCUUGAGUCCUUGUUGUUACGAACACUAAAUGACAGGGAGAUAAGUAUGGAAGAUGAAGCUACUACCUUGUUCCGUGCCACCACUUUAGCAAGCACACUUAUGGAGCAGUAUAUGAAAGCCACAGCAACAAGUUUUGUUCAUCAUGCGCUGAAAGACUCCAUAUUAAAGAUCAUGGAGAGCAAGCAGUCCUGUGAGUUAAAUCCCUCGAAGUUAGAAAAAAAUGAAGAUGUAAACACUAACUUGGCACAUCUACUCAGUAUACUUUCAGAAUUGGUGGAGAAGAUAUUCAUGGCUGCAGAGAUACUGCCCCCGACAUUGAGAUAUAUUUAUGGUUGCCUACAGAAGUCUGUUCAAAACAAAUGGCCAGCUAAUACUACCAUGAGAACCAGGGUUGUUAGUGGCUUUGUUUUUCUUCGACUGAUUUGUCCUGCUAUCCUGAACCCAAGGAUGUUUAAUAUCAUCUCAGAUUCUCCUUCCGCCACUGCUGCAAGAACACUGACGCUGGUCGCCAAGUCUGUGCAGAAUUUAGCAAAUCUGGUUGAAUUUGGAGCUAAGGAGCCAUAUAUGGAAGGAGUAAAUCCAUUCAUCAAGAGCAACAAACAUCGCAUGAUCAUGUUUUUGGAUGAGCUUGGGAAUGUUCCUGAGCUUCCAGACACUGCAGAGCACUCUCGAACUGACCUCUCCCGUGACCUGGCAGCUUUGCAUGAGAUCUGUGUGGCACACUCGGAUGAGCUCCGGACGCUCAGCAACGAGCGAGGGGUGAUGCAGCACGUUCUUAAGAAGCUUUUGGCCAUUACUGAACUGCUACAACAAAAACAAAAUCAGUAUUCAGUGUCUAACAACAUCAGGUAGCAGCUCUCUACCUGAAUUCUGCAUGGAUCCAGCACACCCAACAUGGCAACUCUCACCAGUAUCACUUCCUUCUUGCUCUUGCCAAAAAUAGCACACCCUGUCACAUUCCCAGUGAUGUGUGAACUAUGCAAAAGAAAACAAAGGUCCUGUUGGUGAAUGAUUGUACCAGCAGCUUUUUUUAAGCUAUCUGUGCAGGACAUAUGCACUUUUUUUUUUUCCACUUGGAAACAAUGAAAUUUCACAACCUCUGAGCCUUCGUGUACAGUUCACCUUCUGAGAGAAAAUGCUGUGACUGUGUCUAGGACUUCGAAAUUUUCAGCACCUCUGAUUGCCAAAGUUUUUGCUGUCUGAUUGGAAAAGAAUUAUCAACUGACAUGAGAAGAAAGGCGUUGUUCUGACAACCACCUAUAACUAACUGGAUAACAUUUCUUACUGUAAUUUCUGACUGGUUACAAUAACUAUGACUUUUGACUGUUUCAACCACUUUUAACUUUUAUUUACUUUUUCCAGAAUUUGAUGUUAUGGUAGGAACAACCUUUACUGUACACGUUUUAUACCAUGCUGUUUCUCUUGCUGGAAUGAUGUUGAAAGAGAAUAUCCAGAAUGGAUCUUGUCAGCUUUAUUUUUCUGAUGUGCCACUGAUUCAGUCGGAAUAGUUUUUCCAUCAAGAACUGUAUAUCCAGAUAAAUCACAAUGCUUUUGUAAAACGUUUACAACAGUAAAUAAUUUGAAUUCAGUAAAUUUAUUGAUUAUAUCAGACAUGCAUGCAUUCAUUAAACCAUUUUAUAAAAUA